AUGGUUCCAGUCCCGCAGACGGUGUGGGUUCUUCUCGCGCUGUCCGGUGUCCUGAAUGUGCGCUCCUGCUGGACUUUUACUUGUCCUUCCAUUUGCGAAUGUUCAAUGAAGAGCGAUACAUGUUCCACAAACGGGAGAGAAACGGGAGAGAAACUCAGCUGCACGAGGGAAACGCAACUAAGAAGACUAAUUCAUCUGCCAUUGACAGAAGUUUCAAGCAAUGCCUUCAGGGGACUGAUCAACGUGUCCAGAAUUGAGAUCUCUCAGAGUGACUGCAUCAGGAACAUAAGAAACCAUGCAUUCCUCUCUCUCCACAGCCUGGCUGAGAUACAGAUACAGAACAUCAGAAAUCUGAUCAGUAUAGAGAAGGGGGGCUUCACUGAUCUGCCCAGGCUGAGAUACCUGAGUAUCUGUAACACAGGAAUAAUACAUUUUCCUGACUUCUCCACCAUGUCCUCUUUGGUGAUACUGGAUAACUUCUUCCUUGAGCUGGGAGAUAACAUGCAUCUCGACAGCAUACCUGCCAAUGCCUUUCAAGGUAUCACAGAGGAGAGUGUGUACAUGAAAAUUAUAAAAAAUGGAUUCAAGGAAAUCAGGUCACACGCUUUCAACGGAACAAAUCUGGAUAAACUGAUUCUGAAAGGCAACAGGUAUCUGAGGAACAUCCAUGAGGAUGCCUUUGAGGGGGCCUCAGGGCCAACUAUGCUUGACGUCUCCUCCACAGCUCUCCACACCCUCCCCCGUCGAGGCUUGGGACAUUUGAAGGUCCUGAUUGCCCGUUCUACCCCUUACCUGAAGACUCUACCCCCUCUGGAAAGCCUCCUAGAGCUAGAGGUGGCAGAGGUCACUUACCCCAGCCACUGCUGUGCCUUCCACACCUGGCGACGCAAACACAGUUUCUACAGGGACCUCUCAGCAGACAAUGUAACAGACCUGUACGACAUCAACCUCCAAUACCCAGACCUGCAGCUGAGCCUGUGUCCUGGACCCUUCCAGUGCACCCCGGAGCCGGAUGCCUUCAACCCCUGUGAGGACCUGCUGGGGUACUCCUUCCUCCGCGCAGUCACCUGGCUCAUCACUGUGUUCGCUGUGGCCGGGAACAUGACCGUGCUGAUUGUACUGAUCACCAGUCACAAGAAGCUUAAUGUCUCCCAGUUCCUGAUGUGUAACCUGGCCUUCGCAGAUCUCUGUAUGGGGCUCUACCUCCUCCUCAUUGCAGCCAUGGACUACCACUCCCGCAAG